AUGUCGCGGGUUCCAUUCCUCUUCGCCGCUCUCGCCAUCGCGGUGUCUGCCAUCGCGCCAGUACCAACUACGCCGCACUUUCCGUGCUACGAGUGUGCUACGAACGGCAGCUGCGCCCACGCAAGCUGGACUGGCGACGCUGGCAAAUACUGCGGCACGUUUUCCAGCAAGACCACGCUCGUGCCGCAGUGGUGCUGCUGCGCCGUGGCCCAAGCGUGUCCGGCUGCUGGUCGGGAUACGCUUUGUGCUUGCGACGGGCCGACGCCGGCGCCCACUAAGCCCCCGGCCGAUCUGACGGUGUGGAUCUACCUCGGGUUCCUUCUCAUGCCAGGCGUCAUCUUCAUUCUCUACACGCUGUGCCGUCAUUGCUUUGGCACGGCCGACGAGACGUGGAUUGAACAGCAAUAUGCACGCAUCGAGGCCCAUCAAACAGCAGAGGAAGAGCCAGACACUUCUCGUGCCGAAGCCGAAGCUUGCGCAUCUGCGGCGAGGGCGGAGGCCAACCGCGAGUACAAAGCUCGUCGGAUUGCGCAAGAGAAGGAGGCGCGUCGGCUCGCGCGCGAGGAAGAAGCUCGGCAGCGUGAGUUCGAUCAAAUUCCGCAAGCCAUUUUCGUUUCGACGAUUCCCACUUCUGCCAAAGACGCAUCCCUCUGA